GUCAGCGCCACAUCAUGAUGGCCUCCGCGCGUUGUUUCGAGAGAAGUGCUUCAUUGCUCACUGUUUUACUUCCCGCCUCUACUUAAAAAGCUGACUCUACUAGCAACUCUGCAGCUUUGCCCCAAGAGUUCCUCCGCCAAUCUCCCCGUCCUCAGCCAGAAACACGAUGCUUACUAUGAACGGCCACCUGCCCCUGGAGUUGCAGUACCGUGGGCACGUCAACCAACUACCUUCUAGCGAUAACACUACAGAUAUCGAGUCUGACUCAAGCGAUGGGUGUACGGCGGCCGAAGGCAACGCGGUCCAGCGCCCCGCGGGUACGGCAUCCCAGCGACACACUGUCAACGGCGACAACAACACGUAUGGGACUCAUGCUGGCUACAUUAUUAUUCAGGGCGCGAUGGGAUUGCCAGAAGCCCACCUGUUACACUCUCCACCACACGGUGCUGGUCACUCCUUUGCUCAAGGCCCUUCUGGAAUUCAGGGUCGAUACCCGGCCACUGAUGAGACGGGAAGGCUGAUCGCACGAAGUCUUCCGGGGCAAUAUUCACAAUCCCGGCUUGCCGUGAAUGAGUCCCCUUUGCCCACGGACGGUCACAAUGGGUCCGAGUCGAGCGUGAGUCAUGUUCGGCGCGUCGACACCGGCACAGCGCACAGCGCCAAUCAGAGGGCGGCUCCCCGCCCUACUACGACCGCCUCCACUGCCGCGCAGUCCUCUGUCACUCUUGGUUCAUCCUGGACCAUCCAACAAUCGUGGCAGCCUGUUCCUGGUCCUUAUGCGGCGCCACAGAUUUACCAGCCAGCCAUAUCCCCGGCAUCUGCACCCCCGCUCCAGACUGUCCCCAUGCAGGUUCCGCCGGCGGACCAGACGGUUGAUCACCCUAUAUGCGGGCUUGAAGGCUGUUCAAUCCACCUGGACGAUCUCACGGUGGGUGGACAGCGGCGCCACCUUCGUGACUUCCACGCGGCGCAGUUGCAGCAUGGACGCGUGAGGUGCAAUUGGGUCCACGGCACCGGGGGUAUCAUCUGCGGGAAGGAGCUCGAUGCUAACAAUUGGGGAAAGCAUCUCGCCGCGGUGCACUACGGCAGUACGGCGGAGAAGUGUCCUCACUGCCCGAAGGUUAUCUGCAGGUCCGACGCGCUCAAGAGACACGUCGAUAACUUCCAUUUUGAUCAAUAGGCCGCUGCAGGGCCAUAGGAGCCAUCCUGAUUUAGAUGUCUCGACGCGCUUUCGAGCUCCCUCACCAUUCGCAUUAUUUAGAUUAUACCCCAAACAUGAAUUCAAGACCAUCUGUAACGCGGAAGCUGUACUUGUAUUUCCGGUUUUGUCGGACUUCCGUCGUAUGAUUCAAUAGUGGUGUACUUCGAUCGCUUUCCACUUGCGCAUUUUAUUCUGGAGAUCUCAUUAGAUCCCACCGAGAGACGGUUGAAUUUACACCGCAUGUACCCCUUCCAACUCGGGCCCGGGUCCAUGUUCUGUUCUGUGAUUUCAACACUUCUGAUCCAGUCUUCGAGUAAUGCAUAUUUCUGAUUCUCCGCCGC